AUGUCAGCUCUGCAGAGAGGUGUCCAGCCUCUGUCACGGGCACGAGUGUCUCGUCUGACCUUGCAGCAGUCGCGAUGCGUCCAAAUUCGCGCAACGCCCGCGGAGGAGCCGUCCACCGUCAAGGACUAUUUACCUCUGGCCAACACGCCCAGUGCUGCGGAGUCACGGGAUGCGCGGUUCGAGGUCGUCGGCGCCCCAUACUCGCUGUUGUCUGUAUCGCUUUCGGCAUCGCAGAACCUGUAUACGCGACGAGGGACUCUGGUCGGUUUGAGUGGCAAGGCGGACAAUGUGGUUUCGACAUUGAGCGUUCUAGAGCCGUUUCGGAGGUCCGUCGUGGGGAUACCCUUCCUCUACCAGAAGAUCUCUUCGGCCAGUCCCGUUACAGCGCUUGUCUCCGUUCGAUCCCCUACCACCUCCUUUGCUGUCGUGAAUGUCAAUGGCUCUGUGGACUGGAUGAUUACCCAGCGACGAGCCCUGUUAGCAUGGACAGGCCGGUCUCUAGCUAUCAGGCCGACAAUCAAUACCAGUCUGAGCUUGGCUCAUUGGGGUAGCUCCGAGGUCACUGGCAGAGGGUUGAUGGCGCUAGUUGGCAACGGACAACUCUAUUCGAUCGAGCUGAAGGCCGGUGAACAGUACAUUGCUCACCCUAGCAAUGUGGUCGCCUACACAAUGUCAUCUAAUCCUCCACGCCCCUACCGUUUCAAAUCCACCACUCUGAACUUCCAGGUCCCCGGCCUGAAGACACUCCCAAGGCUCCUACAGAACAACAAGUUUAUCCAGGACAUGUCCGAUUCAAACACUUGGAAGGCCACGAUGCGCUUCCUGCAUAAAGUUCGGACCUGGUCUCGCAUGACCAUCUGGGGCGAUAGGCUCUUCUUGCAAUUUGAUGGCCCCACGACCAUCUUAGUGCAGACGCGCGGUCCUCGUCUGAAGGAUGUUCUGGCCCCGCGCGAAGCAAACGAAAUCGCCGACGUCCAGCGCGGAGUAACCGUCACCGCUACUGAAGCAGCGGGCAAUGACGCCGCCGUCAACACAAUACCGGAGCUAGCACGUUCUGUCGAGGAUCUAACCCAGGAAAUCAAGGGGACCAGCCAGAGUGUAGCGAGGAUCCGCAGGGACGGCAAGGUGGAAAUUGAAGAGGUCGGUCGUACGAAUUAG